AUUUGCCCCAGCAGUGCUUACUCGCCGGUAUCGCGAUACCGCGGUAAUGAAAUUCCCAACGCCUUCCCUAGAGAAAUGUAAUGUGUUGGGAAAACUGACGAGCAUGCAGUGGCGUCUCCACCACGAAACUAUGCGUCUAACACGGAACGUAAAUAUUACGCAAUACAGCGAUUUUAACGUUGAAGUAAUGAAUCGAGGAAUAUAAAUGUGACUAAUUGUUGUGUUUAAAGUAAAGCUAAAGUUGUAGAUGUAACUUCUUCUGUGAAAAAUCGUGAAACAGUCUGGAAACUCGUUGUUUUAUAACCUGGGCGCUCUCGGAGAAAUGUCAAAAUGGCGUCUUCGCAGGACGCUUGGUAUCUUUCGUUGUUGGGUUUAGCCGAAAACUUUCGUACUUCCAGCCCGCCGAACAUAAAAUCGUGCAUUCAGUGUCUGCAGGCUGUUUUUAACUUCAAACCACCGCCCAGGGUCGAAGCUAGGACACAUUUACAACUGGGCAACAUCCUACUCACGUACACCAAAAACAUUGACCUGGCGCGAACCCACCUCGAACAAGCGUGGAUGUUAAGCCAAAAUAUCAAUGCCUUUGACGACGUUAGAUUUGAAGCAGCGAGUGUGGUUGCGGAAUUGUAUGAACAGCAGCAACAACCAAACCUGAGUCAACCAAUUUUGAGGAAAGCUAUAGAACUAUCACAGCACAAUGUCUACUGGCAUUGUAGGCUCAUCUUUCAGCUCGCCCAAAUCCAUGCAUCAGAAAAAGACUUUGAUGUCGCAAGCAGUUUGCUUGGCGUUGGAGUUGACUACUCUCACAUGAGUAAAGCCAGUUACACACGUGUUUUGUUUAUACUGAGUCGGGGGAUGCUUUUACUAAUAGACAAAAAAUUCACCGAGGUUCAUUCACUUCUCAAUCAAGCUGGACAUCUUGUUGAAACUUGGCAGGGUAGUCCGCACCAAAAAGAAUACUUAAAAGUAUACUUCCUAGUGCUUCAAGUCUGUCAUUUUCUCAUGGCUGGCCAGGUGAAAAGUGUGAAACCUUGCCUAAAGCAGUUACAACAAAGUAUACAAACAAUAAUGUCACCGAGUUGGCCUUCUGAUGAAAUAGUUACCGGUUCUAACCUCGGAGACAUGUUUGUAUGGAUGCCCAAAGAACACUUAUACGUUCUGGUUUACCUGGUGACGGUGAUGCACUCCAUGCAAGCUGGGUACAUGGAUAAGGCACAAAAAUACACUGACAAAGCACUUACGCAGAUUGAAAAACUCAAAAUUGUUGAUAACAAACCAAUUCUAUCUGUGUUUCAACUGAUGCUACUGGAACACAUAGUAAUGUGUAGACUCGUGAUGGGUAAUAAAAGCUUAGCCCUUGCAGAGAUAUCCCAAGCUUGUCAACUUUGCAGGCGACAGCCACGUCUUUUACAGAGUCAUAAGCCGCAAUUACACGCACUUUUAGGACUUUACGCUAUGUCUAUGAAUUGCAUGGAAGCUGCAGAGGCCCAAUUCACCGCUGCUCUUAGAACCUCGCAAGAAAGUGAGCUGUGGACCUUUGCAAAUUUAAAUUUAGCAAUAGUUUAUCUCAGAACCAAAAGGGAUGCCGAAUUAGGAGCCCUUCUCGAAAGGAUAAACCCAGAAUCUUUACCGUCACAUUCCCACUCUCUACGAGCGGCGGCGUACUAUGUUCAAGGACUCCAAGCCUUUUUUGGUGCAAGAUAUAACGAGGCCAAAAGAUAUCUUCGAGAGACGUUGAAGAUGGCAAACUCGGAAGAUCUAAAUCGAUUAACGUCGUGUAGCUUAGUUCUCCUGGGUCACAUAUUCCUCUCUCUUGGAAAUAGUCGAGAAUCUAUGAACAUGGUUACACCCGCUAUGCAACUGGCUUCGAAGAUACCAGAUGUACAUGUGCAACUCUGGGCGAGUGCAAUCCUUAAAGAUCUCUACAGAAUAUGCGGUGACCCAAAUCGUGAGAGUGAAGCAUACCAAAUGCACUGCAACUUUUCACAAAUGCUUUUAAAAGACCAUUUUCAAAGUACACAAAUGGGUGAGCAUACGCUCAUUCAGUGGACCGAAGGACCUAUUCCCCAACUACCAAGCAAUCCACCUCCAUCGACGUCGCAGGGUGUUCUCUAACCAAGCCUACGAAACUAAAAACGAGCCCGCGGAUUUACUUAAUUUGCUAUGAUCGCUGGCCUUAAUUGCCCCAAGACUUUUGAAGUGAUUGAGAAACCUAUUUUCGAGGUGCGUUAAAUUGUGAUGCGGUUAUCGAACGAACAAAAACAAACAGGCCCAAGGUAAAAUGCGUAUGUGAAGACACUGUCAGAGAAAUCAAGUUUACUUUCAAGAUUGAACGCAGAGCUGCGUAAGAACCCUUACAACGAUUACUUUUGACAAAACUGGAUUCCAUUGAUCCAUGAGUUAAUCUUGAAUUUAUUCAGGCUGUACGCGCACUUUUUAACAUUGAAAUCCUAACUAGAUUGCUCUUGCUGUGUAUUUUGAUUAUCUAUAACUUUAUUUUCGACAUUGUUAGAAUUUUAUCAUAUUAUCUUGACAUUACCUCUUGAAAGUAAUCUUUAUUCGUCGUUGCUUUUCCAGUAUUGUAAGAGGUCAAGUAUAUCAGAAUUCAUAUAUAUAUUGUAUAAUUUAGGUAUUCUCUUUUUCUUUCAUUCUAAUUGAACGGUUUUUAAUUUGAAAUUAUGUGCUGGUAUGAUCAAACUCUACGAUUACAUGCCCUCGACUGAUUUGAAUAAUUUCAUUGCUUUAAACGAUUAGCAUUGGUUUCAGCAUGAUCUCCUCUCGGCGAUUACUUGUAUUCAUGUAAAACAUAUUCUAGUUUCUAGAAGGAGAAAAUAACCAGCACCCUCGAUGUAGCUCUCUAUUAGUACAUUUUGAUCCCUCAAAUCUCAUUGAUAAUUUAUUAACUUUUGGAACAAUGAGUAAUUCGAAUUGUAUCUUGGCGCUCAUCAUUGGUUUUUCUUGCUGUCCAGAAGACAUUCUUUGGUGGUUAUAGAAAUUCGACAACAAAUGCAUUUGAUGGAUACAAGCUAUUUUAAUCGCACAGAAGAGUGUGGAACCGGUGUGUGUGUGUGUAAAACGUACAAAUUUAAUUAAAUUUAAUUGAAAGAAGUAAGGUAAUAAGCGACGGGGUAUAGGCAAGCGACACGACAUACAACGGUGUACAGUAGUAAUAAAUUUGUGCGUCAGAGAAAAUACAGGGUAUGCCAAAAAAGUGAUCGAAAGUAUUUUAAAUAUAUAUAUUUAAAUUGAAUAAAAAAAUGUAUGAGUUUAAUUACUAAAAACAAUUCUGGUUUGAUUUUCUUUUUUGGUACACCUUGUAUCGUAAUAUUGGAGUAAAACACAAAAAAAAAAUAAUAAUUAAAUAAAUUGUUUAUAAGGAUCGUAAAGUUAAUAUAAAUAUUAAAAGUUAUAAAGAAUUAACAUGACAUAUAUAGAGCUGCAGGGGCCUUAGCGCUCGGUAACUUAAACUCAUUAAUGGCGGUAACGUCAAUUUUUUUACAGUUUAAGUUACCCCAGCGUCUUGUACAUAAUUUAAUUAUUAAAUUUACAAGAUACAAUGAAAUGAGGAGACGUAAAAUAAUAAUUUCAAAGAAUUAUUAUAUCGAGUAGUAUUUAUAAGCAUUGACUAAGUGUGUCGUGAGAGGAAGAGUGCUGCCUAGAAUAAAUAAACCUGGGACUGAAUUUUCACAAAUUUAUUCACAUGAUAUCGUCUUAUCAUUGCCCGUGUUUCGAAAUUCAGUAAAAAUUGAUUAUUCUCUCUAUAGUCAAUCAUUGUAGCAUCUCUACCGAGACUGUAUUCGUCAUCUGUCUAUAUUUCAGAUAAGAUUUGAUGAAAAAUGCUUGAGAGAUAAAGAUGUAGAUAUUGUUGAAGGAUCAAUUUAUUUCCAGAGAUUAAACCAGUGGACGAUUUCUCAAUUGAUAGCUUUACUCGGUAAUGCUGCGAUAAUAAUAAUUCCGAAUAUUUGCAAAUAUUUUAAUUGGAAUUAUGUCCUGCGUUGAGGGGUAUUCGGACACUCUAUCUCUGAUCGUACUCUUAGAAUUGGCCGUAUGGAAUAUUAAACUUAAGAUACUUCUAAGCAUCCCGGGAGUGUGCUAUUGUACAUAUAUAUAGUAUCUAUGUGAGAGAGAUAAAUCGAAACAAAAUCUGGGGAGUAUGAAAGGUCAUAUAUUGAAGUUAUGGUUGUUUAGGAUGCGCUUGUGUAUAAAAAUGUAGUUCUUGUAAUCUCGAAUCAAGCUGGACGAAAGAUGCUUGGGUUUAGAUUACACUUAGGCUAAUGUAAUUAACGAGUGUGCGGGAGAGACUGGGAAGUUAGAGAGAUUGCAAUACCAGAAACUCUUAAAAUCUUGUACAGGCUGUUUUACCACAAAUGUAUGUAUUUUUUAAAUAUCAGAAAAAAAGGUAACACACUACUCGAAAGAGUUCGUUUUACUCACAAUCAGAGUUCGUCCUUCCUUGUCAGUGAUUUGACGUGUCUUGUUUUGGUAAAUUCGAUUGUUCAUGUAAAUAUCAAGCCCCAGUUGUAGGUGAAAAAGUUUUGUCUUGCUCUUUGCCUAUGUACCCACUUGAUAUGGUCGCGCUGGACGGGGACCAACAAUUACCGAUGUAUAUUCUCUUUUGUGCUCUGACUUUGUCUUUGUAUUUCAUUUCACAUGUGCUAAUUUCGCGCAGCUCACUUCCCGCGUACGUAUAUUGCUAACAGAUAUUUAUUUUUUCAAUAAAACCAAUUCUAGUUA